GGGAUGCGCGGGCGGCAGGGCCAUGGGCGGCUGGCUGGCGGAGCGCAUGAGCGGCAGCGUGUGGCGGCGCGGCGCGGCGGUGGACGCGGGGCGCGGGUGGCGGAAGGCGGCGGGCGGCCAGGCGGACUGGAUGGGCGCCCUGCCGCCGCCGCUCCGAGCCCGCCCGCUGGCGCACCUCGCCAUCCCAGGGUCACAUGAUUCUUUCAGCUACUGGGUUGAUGAGAAAUCUCCAGUGGGACCAGACCAAGCAACAGCAAUUAAACGUUUAGCUAAAAUUUCUUUGGUUAAAAAGCUAAUGAAGAAGUGGUCAGUUACUCAAAACCUGACUUUCAAGGAGCAGCUGGAAAGUGGAAUCCGCUACUUUGAUCUGCGUGUAUCUUCCAAGCCAGGAGAAGUGGAGAAGGAGAUCUACUUCAUACAUGGCUUGUUUGGCAUCAGAGUUUGGGAUGGGCUGAUGGAGAUUAACAGCUUCCUCCUGCAACACCCCGGAGAAGUCAUUUUCCUGGAUUUCAAUCAUUUUUAUGCAAUGGAUGAUAGUCAUCACCAGUACCUGAUCAGCAAGAUACUGAAAGCAUUUGGAUCAAAACUUUGCCCAGUGCAACCUGUAGAAAAAGUGACUUUACAAUAUUUGUGGGAGUUGAAACAGCAGGUUCUCAUAUUCUACCACUACCCUCUGUAUCAGGAUUAUUCCUUUCUGUGGCCAGGAAACAAGAUGCCAGCCCCAUGGGCCAACACAACAAAUGUGCACAAACUUUUACAGUUUUUAGAGACUACCCUUGGGGAGCGGUCUCAGUAUGGAACUUUCCAUGUUUCUCAAGCUAUUCUCACUCCCAGAGUCAAAACCAUUGCCCGGCAUCUAAUCCGUGGCCUAAAAAAUACACUAGUUCACAGGAACCUGCCUAUGAUUUUGAAUUGGGUAAAGACACAGAAACCUGGUGUUAUGGGAGUUAACAUAAUUACAUCAGACUUCGUGGAACUGGUCGACUUUGCUGCUACAGUGAUUGCAUUAAACAAUCUUCUGUUAGAAGGGGACAGACCUGUGACUAAAUCCUGAUUGCUCUGUCUCUCACUCUAAAUUUAAUACUGUUCUGUUUAUGAAGAUUCAGAGUCUUCCAGCUGUGCAAAAUGCAAUAGUUUUAUUUAUUUAUGUAUUUAUUUGGAACAAAGCCAUGGUUUCAAAAGAAGUGCAGUUAAGACUAUA